UCUUAGAACAAUGUAUGUGACCAGGCCUCUCUCCCAUUACUAUAACAACCCCAAUGCUGUCUUUGAUCACCCGCCAGAAGGUCCCAGUUCGGGUAUUCUCGUGAUCAAAGAUGAGGAGGCUGAGAGCGAACAAGUAUGCUGCUGGGGACUAUGCAAAGAUUCGAGGAUUUAUAGCCUCCCAUUCCCUCAAAAUACCAAGAUUAAAGUUCGAUAUACCACCACCCAACACCAUGCUGGAGGUGGCCAGAGUCAUAGUACGACCCACACCUCCAGAGAUGAUGUCUUCUUCAUUCCAGUCACAGGCCAGCCAUUAUCAUCAAAUAGGUACUAUGUCAUCAGAGAAGAUGGAAGAAACAAAGGGAAAGCUGCAACAUGUUCGAGAGAGGAGGAUAUGACCACAUGUUGUUUUUGCUCAUUUGCUAAUGAUGUCGCAUCAAGUCCUUUAGAUCACAGAAAUAUUCAUCAACAAGUGGAGAUCAUCUGUCAGAGAAAUAAGUUCCACGCCAAGGCAGUAGCUUCUGAUGGAAUUCCCCCACAAUAUCUUAGAAGGAAAGGUUGGCAGGCCUACACUUCGGAAUCAACUAAUUACCACUUACCCGAAGCUCGAGGCCUUGAUGUGUCUCUUAGGAAUAAGUUGCCUGAUCUAGACUUCCAGAUUUCUACACAACGCUCUCCUGCCAUUGUUGUGGGGAAGUGGUACUGCCCUUUUAUGUUCAUAAAGGAAGGCGACCGAUUAAAAGACCAAAUGAAAAGAUCCAUGUUCUAUAACAUGACUCUCCAGCGAUUCUGGGAGGAGAUCUAUAGCUGUGAGAAUAAUGGCAAGGAAGGAAACGCAGUGGAACUAAGUGUUGGUGUUAGAAGGCACACGGCAUUGUUGAACGGUAGUGAAAUAAUCCAAGACAGAAGAGAGGUGGUCGAUGGAAUCAUGUGGUUGAAGCCUGUCAACUCCGGAGACCAGGGUUUGGGUUUGAGUCUAGCUAUAUGGGAGAGGAUGCGGUGGGAGGAAGAAAGAGGUGGGUGGAUUGGUGGUGAAGAGAAUGUGGAAAGAGUGGAAAGGUCAGAGGUGUGUGAAGGAGAGAAUGGAUGGAAGAAGUUUGGUUGCUAUGUGUUGGUGGAAAGAUUUGUUCUGAAAAGAAUGGAUGGUACCGUAGCUUUAGCCUAUGAUUUCAAGCACACCAACAAAAUUCGAACCAAAUGGGAAUGAGAGCUGUCCAUCACCUUUAUGUAUAUUUUAUCUUAGUUAUUCAUUACCAUUUGUUUCUAGAAUGAGUGUAUAUGAGUAUUUGUAUCAUUUUAUUAGAAUUGGAGGUUUGGAACUGAAUACAUGCAUUGUAUAUUUGAUCUGAUAGCCGAAGUUUGGGUCAUGAUCAUGUUUGUGUCAAAGUUUUAAAAUCUCUAACACAUUAUAUAUUGAUCCGGAUGCCAGAUCAGCUCUGUUU